CUAGUGACUAGCGCCUAGACCAGCGGCACUUUGUCGAGAGCGGCUUGCCACUGGGACCUCCGCAGGGACGCGCUACGCGCUGCGGAUCGCUGUGCCGUGCUCACUCGCAGGGCGCGACCGCUAGACUCAGACUACGAGGGCAGCCAUGGCUGACGGCUUGGAGCAAGUCGCGGCCGACGGGGCGCUGCGCUUCGGCGCGCUCGACUACUCCUCCUUCGUGGUCAUGAUGCUGGUGUCGGCGCUGGUGGGCGUGUACUACGGCUUCUUCAAGAAGCAGGAGUCCCUGGAGGACUACUUCCUGGGCGGCCGCAACAUGGGCAUCUUCCCCAUCGCCAUGUCCCUCAUCGCCAGUAACAUUUCCGGAGUGACAAUGUUGGCGGUGCCGGCCGACAUUUACGCGUACGGCUUCCAAAUCGGGCUGGUGUUGUUCCUUGGGGUGCCGGUGGUCAUCCUCGUCGUCUACUUCUUCCUCCCCACCUUCUACAAGCUGCAGUACGAGUCAUCGUACGAGUACCUGGAGCACCGCUUCUGCAAGAAACUCCGGACGAUGUCGUCUGUCUUCUACAUCCUGGGAUCGUACCUCAUUAUGUCCGUCAUCAUGUACGUGCCUUGCCUCGCCAUGCACCAAGUGAGUGGCCUGGACGUCCAGAUCAUCAACCCCCUCACUUGCCUCGUGUGCGUCUUCUACACCUGCCUGGGCGGCAUCCGUGCCGUGGUCUGGACCGACGCGCUGCAGCUCGUGAGCUUGGUAGUGGCGUCCUUCGUCGUGCUGGGGGCCAGCAUGAGCCGCCUGGGCAGCUUUUCGGAGACGUGGAGUCGCCUGGCGGACGGCGGCAGGCUGGAGAUGUUCAACAUGACCCUGGACCCGACCAUCCGAGCCACCUUCUGGAACGUGCUGCUGGGCGAGGGCUUCUACUUCCUCAACUCGCUUGCAGUGUCCCCGUCGUCCGUGCAGCGGUACCUCGCGCUACCCACCCUGUCGGCCGCCAAAAGGGCUGCGUGGAUGCUGGCGCUGGGCUUCGUGGUGACACGCGGCCUGUCGUGUGUGACCGGCCUCGUCAUGUACGCCGUGUACUACGACUGUGACCCCGUGGCGCGCAAGGUGGUGCCGCACUCGGACAACCUGGUGCCGCACUUCGUGAUGGACGUGGCCGGCCACUGGCCAGGGCUGCCCGGCGUGUUCAUCGCGGGCGUGUUCAGCGCGGCGCUCAGCACGGUGUCAUCUGUACUCAACACGCUGUCCGGGGUGAUAUACAAAGACUUCAUCGAGACGCGGCUACGCAAGAAGCCCAGCGAGAAGAGGGCCUCUCUCAUCCUCAAAGGGUUGACGCUGCUGCUGGGCGUGGGCGUGGUCCUGAUGGUGUUCGUCGUCGAGCACCUGGGUGCGAUCUUGGAGGUGGCCCUGAGCGUGUCGGGCGUCACUACGGGGGCGACGUUCGGCCUGUUCCUGCUGGGCCUGUUCGUGCCCUGGGCCGAGACCGUGGGCGCCAUGAGCGGAGCCGUGGCCAGCCUGAGCCUCAUGACGAUCGUGUGCAUAGGCGGCCUGCACGCCAAGAAGUCCGGCGCCAUCAAGUACCCACCGCUGCCGACCAGGACCGACGGCUGCGACGCCACGGGUCUGUCCGGGACCACGACGCCGAGGCCACCCUUCCCUGCGAGAGGCCCCGCGGUGGUGUACGACGAGGACCUGUUCCCGUUGUUCCGCCUGUCGCCCUUCUACUACGUGGUGCUGGGCGUGACCACCACGGUGGUGGUGGGGGUCUUGGUGAGUGCCGCGGUGCGGGGCGCGCGCACGCGGCGCGGCCUCAAAGGAGGCUUCGACGACCUGCCCCACCCAGACCUGCUCUCACCGCCCGUCGCGCGCCUCGUGCAUGGGAGGAGGCCACGCCACGCCGACGGCAGCGUCGAGAUGUACCAGGCUGUGGCCACCGAGGCAGAGAAGAUCAAGGGCUAGGACGGCGACGGCGCCGGCGACGCAGAGAGCAGUGGUUUCUUUUCCCGCGCGUGUAGUGCGGACGCGGACGCGGACGCGGACGCGGCGCCGCAGGGACUUUGGCUGGCAGCUGGCUCUAUCUUUCGAGACCAUCGGCGGGGCUCGGUGCAGGGCAGGAAGUUUGGUCGCUACGAAUCAAACAAGUGUGCUCCAGUCUCGCGAUUGUGAGGAGCGUGGCAGCCGCCACCCGAAAUACCCAAUUAAGCGACAUGUAGCAUGCGUCCGCGUUAUGCGCAUUGCUGCAACAGACAUUAUAUUUUCCCUUGUUCCUCUGUUUCUGUGAUAAUAAAACUGGGUGACGCCCUGAGAGGCCAAACUCUUGAUUUAAGGAGAAUCUGUACCUGUACCGCCACAACAUUAUAAGUACAGCUGUUUUCAAUGUU